GAGAGAGUGUUUGCUUGUGUGUCAGGUGAUGCCGGAAGUGACGUAGUGCUGACGGCCCGGCAGGUUGGGGGAGGAGGACCAAUGGCCGAUGAUGACUGCAAGACGGCGGUAGGGCGUUUACUAAAAUGCAGGUUCUGGGAGGAUGUGUCAGACAGACUUGAUCAGUAGGAAUACAUGGAUAAUUAAAACAUUCAAAAAUGAGCCAUCAUUACCCUUCUACUGGAAUCCACAAAAGGAACGUUACUAUACUUCUGAUGAUGGGGAAGAUGAAGAAGAGUGUCUGUAGACAAACGGAGUUCUCAAGCAGGCUCAUAUGGAGGAAGACAGUUUAAAAACUACUCUAAUCUUGGACUCUGUAUGGCUUUAAAGAUAGAAGAAUCCACUGCUAGAAUGUCUUGCUCUUAUUCCUUGAAGCUGCACUGAGUGUCAGUUUGGUUCAUCUGACUUGAAGAGCAAGUCUAUGCCCAGCCUGACAAGAGGACAUGGGAUAUUGCUGUUCCUGGAACAAUGAAGAGUGUUCCCCCAUAUCCUGAAACAGCUGCUGUUGUUUCCCUGGGAAGUAAAGACCUGAAAGGAGUUGGUUUGUUCCUUGGAGCAUUUCAUGUCGAGGUCAAGAGGAGGGCAAGUGGAAACUCACUCAUAUUUAGUUGGGUGGCAGCAGGACUCAUCUGGACUUGAGUGCCCCAAGGGCAUGUGACUAUCAUAUUUGAGAGGUUAGAAAUAUAUGGCUUGUCCACGUGAAUAUAAUGUAAUUGUAAUGACCAGGUAGGUCAUGAUAUUUAUCAAGAUGCCAUCAACACAAUGCAACAGUUUCAUUUCUAGUAUUACUUGGUUUUAGUUAUUUUCUUCCCUUGUCUUCAAAGAAGGGGCCAAAUGGGCUUGCCAGAGAGUAAAGAGAGCUGUCAACUUUAUAUGUAGGGGCUGUUGUAUUGAAAGUUUGGUACCCGGUUGUAAUAUACACUGCAAAAUUUCUUUUGCAGAUCUCUAAGUAUCUCUGUGUAUUAUGAGUUUUGCUCAUCCAUUAUAUAUUGUUGUACUAUGGUUUUGGGAAAUGUUGUCUUAAAAUAAAAGGUCUAGAUUUUGCAACAUUUACCUAGUUUCUUUGUAUGGAUGUACAAUCAGUCUAGCAUAUAUAUUCUCUUCAGAGAGAGAGAGAGAGAGAGAGAGAGAGAGAGAGAGAGUCUUCAGAUAUAGAUACAGAUAUAGAUAUAUUCAUUGCAAAUUUAGAGGUGUGGAUUAUGUACACUAAAACUUCAAAAAUAAAAUAAGCUGGUCUCUGGUUAAUGCAUAUACUAGUUUUUUUUACAGCAGAUGACGAACGUUUGUUAGUGUGUCACACAAGACUGACUCAGGAAAGUGAAAUUUCUGUUUAUGCACACCAUAUGUAAAAAGGCAGAGGUGGGGUUUUUUGCAGCUAUGUGGCAUCAGUGAUGCUUCUUCUACACUUUGUUCUAAUAUUCACCUCAUGCAUGAGCAUUGUUUUCAUUAUCAUCUAUUCCCACUUGCCCACACCUCUCCCAGCUGGCACGGUCCGUGUCCUAACCCUUUGAGGCUGUGUCGCAGAGGUUUGAUUGAUGGCGUCUGCUAGUUCUGUGAUGAGGUUCUUCUGAAGAAAGGCAAGCCAUACUUGCUUGCUUCUGAUUGGCUGCCCCAUCUGACUCUCUCUCUCUCUCUCUCUCUCUCUCUUCCUCCCUCCAUCCUUUCAGAGCACACACCACAGCAGGCUCUGUUCUGAAACCUAAAACAGCCCCAUUUAUAUCCAUCCAUUCAUGAAUCUGUGACGUCAGCAAGCUUCUGUGUUCUCCUUUGCAGCUGGGUUGCAGGAUUGUGUGGGUGGAAUUUCCUUGCUGUAUUUUACGCAGCAGGUUUAGUUUGGGGGCUUUAUUGGGUUUUUUUUUGCCGUUCCUCUCAUGACACAAGAAAAUGGAGCAGGAUUGCCAAAAUUAUCUCUCACUGUCAAGACAGCUUGUAAUAUCACCUUGGAGCUGUGGCUAGUUUCUCAAACUACGACAUGGGUAACCAGAUAUUGUGGCCACUUUCUACAGUGUGUGUGUGUGUCAUUUUUUGUUUAAGCAAUAUCUCGGACUGUCUGCUCCAUGCACACUCACAGUACAAUGACCAGUUCUCAGGAGCCCCUGAGCUGGUCUUCCUCUACAACCAUGAUCACCAAGACUCUCAGUGAAGACAAAGAUUUCAGUGGGCUGCAUGGAGAACAUAUAUCUGCUGGUCUCCACCCUUCACCCGAGAUAAUAGAGGAUGUACAAGACAAGGGCUUUCUUCAGAGUAAUGUACUGGAGAACAUGAGUAGCCCAGUUGCCACAACAGUAUUGACCAGUGUAAGUGAGGAUUCCAGGGAACAGUUUGAAAACAGUGUGCUACAGUUAACAGAACAUGAGGAAUCGGAAAUGACUGUUCAUCAGGGCAACGGUGACAGUAUGGGUGGAGAGACCAACAAUGGAACAGAUGAUAUCAAGAUCCAGUUUAACAGAUCCAGCAGUGGAAAUGGUGGAUUUCUUGAAGGACUCUUUGGCUGUUUGAAGCCAGUGUGGAAUAUUAUAGGGAAAGCUUACUCCACUGACUACAAGCUGCAGCAACAAGAUACAUGGGAAGUUCCUUUUGAGGAGAUUUCUGAACUGCAGUGGCUGGGCAGUGGAGCACAGGGAGCUGUUUUCUUGGGUAAAUUUCGAGCAGAGGAGGUGGCCAUCAAGAAAGUGAGAGAACAAAGUGAAACCGAUAUCAAGCACUUGAGGAAGCUGAAGCAUCCAAACAUCAUUGCUUUCAAGGGAGUGUGCACUCAGGCUCCCUGCUACUGUAUAAUCAUGGAGUACUGUGCUCAUGGACAGCUGUAUGAAGUGUUGCGAGCAGGCCGGAAGGUCACCCCUCGCAUGCUUGUGGAUUGGUCUACAGGGAUUGCGAGUGGAAUGAACUAUUUACAUCUUCAUAAAAUCAUCCACCGAGACCUCAAGUCCCCCAAUGUAUUAGUCACUCACAACGAUGCAGUAAAGAUUUCAGACUUUGGUACUUCUAAAGAACUCAGCGAUAAGAGUACGAAAAUGUCCUUUGCAGGGACUGUAGCCUGGAUGGCUCCUGAAGUGAUUCGCAAUGAACCUGUCUCUGAAAAAGUGGAUAUAUGGUCAUUUGGGGUGGUUUUGUGGGAGCUUCUCACUGGAGAGAUUCCAUAUAAGGAUGUGGACUCCUCAGCCAUAAUCUGGGGUGUAGGCAGCAACAGCCUACACCUUCCUGUUCCCUCUACUUGCCCAGAUGGAUUCAAGAUCCUUAUGAAACAAACAUGGCAAAGCAAGCCCCGAAAUCGGCCCUCUUUUCGACAGACACUAAUGCACCUUGACAUUGCAUCUGCUGAUGUGCUGGCCACCCCUCAGGAGACAUAUUUCAAGUCUCAGGCUGAAUGGAGAGAAGAAGUGAAGAAACACUUUGAAAAGAUUAAAAGUGAAGGAACUUGUAUACACCGGUUAGAUGAAGAACUUAUUCGUCGGAGAAGAGAAGAACUCAGGCAUGCAUUGGACAUUCGUGAGCAUUAUGAAAGGAAACUGGAGAGAGCUAAUAAUUUGUAUAUGGAGCUCAGUGCCAUCAUGUUACAGCUGGAGGUUCGGGAAAAGGAGCUCAUCAAGCGAGAACAAGCUGUGGAAAAGAAAUAUCCUGGGACUUACAAACGCCACCCAGUCCGACCAAUAAUCCAUGCCAAUGCAAUGGAAAAACUGAUGAAGAGGAGAGGCGUCUCUCACAAGCCUGGAGGCCAGACUAAACGGCCUGAUCUGCUAAGGUCUGAUGGCAUUCCCAGCACUGAGGUGGCGCCCAGUGGCUCUCCUCUCUCAGGGAGUCCCAAGAUGUCGACACUCAACAGCAAAGGGCGGUACCGAAGCAAACCACGCCACCGGCGAGGAAACAGCAAAGGCAGCUACAAUGACUUUGCAGGGAUCUUGAAACACCAGCCAACACAGGAUGACUCAGCUCAGCCAUCUAACCACCACCACCAGCAGCAGCACCAUCUCCAUCAUCAUGGACAUCACCCUCGGCUAAACAUACAUGGGCAGGACAUUGCCAACUGUGCUAACAACCUCCGUUAUUUUGGCCCUGCUGCAGCCCUGCGUAGCCCUCUUAGUAAUCAUGCCCAACAGAGGAUAUCUGGUUCUAGCCCUGAUCUUAUCUCUGCUGCCAUGGAGGCUGAUUCACGGAGAAAUCUGGAGGAGGAGGAGGGGGGCAAGGCUACUAAUUGGGAAUGUCGCACAGAAGAGUCGUGCAACUUCUGCCCAGAGUGCAGACUUGGGACAAAUGAUGCAAAUCAAGGACAAUCACUUGAGCCAGGACAGGAGCAGCCUGAAGCGCCAUCAUAUGAUCCAUUGUAUGCAAAUGUACAAUUUCCUGGGAAGAGUGGGGAAGGAGAAUUUAACUGCCACAGGUCAGUGUCAUCUCUUGGCUCUUCUCAUCCUGUGAGCACUCCAGGACUGCUGUGCAAAACACGACCCAUCCCAAAGAGUGGCGAUGACUCCUCAGAAGAAGAAGAAGGAGAAGUAGACAGUGAAGUGGAAUUUCCUCGGAGACAGAGGCCACAUCGCUGCAUCAGUAGCUGCCAGUCAUAUUCAACCUUCAGCUCUGAGAACCUUUCUGUGUCUGAUGGAGAAGAGGGGAAUACCAGUGAUCAUUCAAACAGCCCAGAUGAGCUGGCCAACAGGCGGGAAGACCAGCUAGCUGAGAAGCUGGAUGACAUGCUGUCGCAGACUCCAGAAAUCCCCAUUGAGAUCUCUACCCAAUCUGAUGGGCUUUCAGACAAGGAGAGUGCUGUACGCAGGGUGAAAACACAGAUGUCAUUGGGCAAGUUGUGUCCAGAGGAACAUGGCUAUGAGAAUUUGGGGGAGUUUGGAGAAUCAGCUUGUGACUCUUCAGAUGCGGAAUGCUCUGAUGCAACUGUGAGGACCAGUAAAGCCUGCAGCUCUGCAACCUGGUAAUGAUGAAUGGAUGUGAACCUCCUUCAAUCAUUUUUUCAACUGGCAUUUUGAUUCCCCCAAGAACCCUCUCUUCAUUCCUUCUCUGAGAAGCUGCUUCUCCGCCCCAUCACCCAAAUGAUCUGCAAUAACUUGAAUCUUUGGAGAAAUAUUCUUAUGAAUUAGUUUCUCAGUGAGCAUUUCAAUCAAGAAUGGCAGGGAUGUAUUUUAUUGAAAAAAAUGAGCUAUUGUGUAUCAUAUUUUUUGGCAUUUUAAGACUUUUUACUCUGAAGAGUGGACUGUAUCCAUAGAAAAAAUAAUUUGUUGCAAAAAAAAAAAAAAGUUUGGAAGACAAGCCUAUGAAAGAGAAUAAUCUUUUUGAGUCUUAGACAGUGUGAAUGGACAAGCUACGAUCCAGUGCUGCUACUUUGAUCUGGGACCAGGCCACAUGGCCCUGAAGGACAGGAAAUAAAGAAAGUGAACUCAAUGAUUUGAUCACAUCCAGUGAAGCAGUGGAUGGGGAACAAAUAGCAUUGUGUAACCAGCAUAACUUUUUUGAUGGGAAGGUGUUCCUACACCUGGAAAUACUUGGUAGCAAGGUGUAUUGAAUCACUGCACCCCUGGCAUGUGAGAGUGGGGGCUAAUCAUGUUUGUUUUUUAAUCAGCAUUUGGUUGGUUGUGACAUCCUGCAGCUGUAUUCUAGCCUUGGCCUCUCUUCAGCACUUUUCGCCUUCACUCUGCCACUGUGAAAUCGAGAGAUGGCAUGGAGCGGCUAGUGAAUAGAAAGAAAUAGAGAUGCUGUUUUGCUCACAGUUACCCUCCUCUCCUUUCCAACUUGCCUUUUGUUUGCUACCUUCAAUUAAAAACAAAUCGAUCAAAUUAGUGUUGAAGAUCAAGAACUUGCAAUCCAUGGAAAGCACACACUGCACGAAAUUGGAGCUGUUCCUACCAUAGCUGACAUUCUGCUAGCACACAGUAAGAGAAGAUUGCACAUGUACUUGGAUGAAACCAGGGGAACAUCCUGGCCUAGGCAACACUGCUGGCCUCCCUGUUUGUCUAGGUUGUUCUGGUAGGGGAGCACUGGCAAAUUGUCGGGCUGGAUGCAAACUAACAUUUGAAAGACGGUGAUGAUGAGUGGAGAAUUCCCUUCAUUUUGGAUGUGAGGAAAUUUAAACCAUAUGUCUAGUGGUGUGUUUUGGAGUGGAGAAGGCCCAAGCUUAUUUAUUCCACUUUCUCUCUGCAAUACUUUAUUCUUCCUGACAAAUUCACUGGGGUUUAAAAUCAUGACUUCUGUAACUGAAAUGUCCAUGCAGAGCAAAAUAAGAACAGAAUUUAAUUUAGUUUGUACCCAAAGAGCUGCCAAUGCUCUUGGCUGUGUCCUCAUAAUUUGUCCAGUUAAUUAUAUUCAGGGAAGAAAUAUCCUUUAUGUGGAGUGUAAAGUUGUAUCCUUGCAGGGCCCAUAUUUAAAGCAUUGGGUACACCCCCCACCACCCUCAUCCUCACCCAAAAUGAAGGGCAAGGAUGGGUUGCAUGUUGUGCUUUUUGUUUACAUUUGAUUUAAUUUUUUUAAUGACUAGCCUAUGGGCAAAAUGAAGGGAAAUUCUUUUACUUAUACAGAGAGCAGUAUUGUAUGAGUUAAAUUAUUCCAUAUGUUUAAAAUUAUGUAGCUGGACUACAUGGAUCUUAAGUUAUGUCAUUACAUUAUUAUUUAUUAUAAUUUCUAUAGAUUGAAGGCAGGGUUUAUUGUAGCACAACAUUCUGGUCCCUGUUCAGUUGCUCCAUGGCUCCGUAUCCCAAGAGGAGCAGGAGCCAAGGUGUUCCUUGCUGUUGUGACCUAUUAAUCUCUUAUUUGCAAUGCUUGCCUUUUAAGGCCCCAGAAAUGUACAUGCUACAAGACAUGAAACAGGCCAGUACGAACAGCUUGAAACAGUGCUUGGCUGCACAUACAUUGGCUAUAAAUGGGGUAGGAUGCAAAUCUGUGACAUCUUGGCAUGCUUUAGUAGCCUCCUUGCUACAGUCCAGACCAUUAGAUUGUAUCGGAGAGAAACAAGACAAAUCAGUCCUGUUCACCUGAAUGGCAUCCCUCUCCCUUCAAGGCAGGAAUCUCACAAGCUCAGCAUACUUAUGUCAGAUUGAUUUUCUGCCCACCCUAAAGGAAGUUGUCUUUGGCAACUCAUGCUUUCUCUGCCUAAGCCUGUCACUUAAAGGCGAUCUGUUUUAUUUGAGUCCCAUAGAUACUCUGUUCCACACUCCAAUAAAUACCAUUCCACUGGUAGCUGUGCCAAGUUUUGAGAGAACAGCGCAUUACUGUACCUGUUGUGUCCCAUCACAGACAUCUAAGGACCACACUACUUGGUCAUUCCUUUGGGGAGACUGAUCUAAACUAUGAGCAACAACUAUCAUGUUACUGUAUGCUUGCUGAUAAAAUUAGCAAGCAUUUGCAGAUGAUUUUUGGCAAUAAGCUACAGAUAGAUUUUCCCCUUUGCCCCACCCCUUGGCAAGAAGAGUCCAUUUUUACAGCCCAUAGUUGAGUGUGGUUUCUUGGAAGGGUUAUUUCUGGAAAUGCAGCAAAUUAAGUGGUGAUGUAAAAAAUGAGAAGAGCUGCAUGUUGCUUUUUCCAUGGCAAGAACCAGCAUGCCCUUGGCAUUGUUAGCUUAGUGCUACCUUCUCCUAACUGUCUCCUCUCAAAGAGGAGUUUCAUGCCGGUGCUUCCUGCCUCAGAUAUAAGGAAUUGCACAUCAAAUGUAAUGUAUCAGCUCUUGCAGUAAUUCUCCAGGGUCUUGAGUAAAGGAAUUUCCUGUGAUCAUUUAAAUGGAGAGGCUAGGUAUUGAACCUGGAACCUUAUGCACGCAAAGCAUGUGUUCUGCCACUGAAAUACAGACUCUGUUCAGAGGAAGUCUCUGCAUUACUGGAGAAUGUGAUUUAAUGGUUUCCACUGUGUCUGCUAUAAGGUUGUUUCCUUAUAGCAUCCAUAUACACCUUGUAUCUGGAGGUGUCAUGAUGCGCAGUGUAAUAAUUGGGAGGGAAUACUUAAGGAGAAUCCUUCAUUAAGAUGCAUCUUUGACAGCCAAGUUCUCCAGAGAGGCACUCCUCCCUCACUUAGUGUCCUGCAUUUCCCUUAAAAAACAAAAACAAAAAACUAUUCCAGUUUCUCACUUUGGCCAUCACCAGAAAGGUCUGGGGAAUAAAGGGGCAUUAAUUUUAAGAAUGUGUUGUCCUAAUGAAUUGGUUGCCCUCAGGAUGAGGUGCUAUAGUUAUCAAUUUGUUCUUGAAUCUCUCUAAUAUUCCAAACCUAAAUUCAACUGCAGAACAUUCCAAAUAGUUAGAUAUUUGUGAUUGUUACGACUGAGUUCGAGGAUUCCAAAUUUCUGCCCACUAUGAUAACCCCUGCUAACUUGGCAAAGAGGCACCUUUUAAUGUGGUGAUUUUCUUUAUUUAGUAGAGGGAGAGUAACUGGCCCUAUUCACCCCCAGCACAGUACCUCCCGUGACUAUUGCUGGUGUCUAUCUUAUGUUUCUUUUUAGAUUGUGAGCCCUUUGUGGACAGGGAUCCAUAUUAUUUAUUAUUUCUCUGUAUAAACUGCCCUGAGCCAUUUUUGGAAGGGUAGUAUAGAAAUUGAAAUAAAUAAAUAAAUCUAACAAAAAGGCACUCUGGCCUCUCUAGCUUGGAACUGGGGUGGCACUGGGGUUGUCCCAUAACCUUGUCUUGAGUUUGAGGACACAGUGCCAACCAUAAGGAAGGGAGGAGAGCUGGUCUUGUGGUAGCAAGCAUGAAUUGCCCCCUUUGCUAAGCAGGGUCCACCCUGGCUUGCACUUGAAUGGGACACUACAUGUAUGAGCACUGUAAGAUAUUCUCCUUAGGGGACAGGUCUGCUCUAAGAAGAGCACUUGCUUGCAGAAGGUUCCAUUUUCCCUCCCUGGCAUCUUCGGAUAGGGCUGAGAGAGAUUCCUGCUUGCAACCUUGGAGAAGUCACUGUCAGUCUGAGCUAGAUGGACCAAAGGUCUGACUCAGCAGAAGGCAGCUCCCUUGGCAAGUUCCAGGCUGAGGUUGGCUGCUUCAGUCCUGGAUGGCUGAGAUACCCCAAGCACGUCACCCACUUAGUGCCAAAACAGUCUUCUGCUCCCCUCCCAGCUCCACAUUUGGAGCUAGGGAAAGAGGGGCUGGUUCCAGCAGUUGCUGUGGUCAACUUGAGUAAUUGCAGAUACCAUCCCCAGCCACCCCCUCAACUCUACACUUGGAGUUGGCAGGAGAGCAAAAGAUUGUCCCUGACAUUACACAGAGUGAGGUCAGGGACUAAGGCUGCAAUCCUGUGUGCACUUACCUGGGAAUAAACCCCUCUGGACAUUUAGCCCUAACUUGUCUUAUUUAUUUAUUAGUGGUCUUGACUAAUUUAGUGGGAAUUACUUCUAAGUGAACAUGUAUAGGAUUGGGCUGAAGGAAGAGGGUGAGAGUCCAGGCAAGCUGAGUUUUUGUGACUUGACUAUCAAGGCCAGCCAAAAUUUGUAGUCUCUUGACAGGGAGAGAAUUAUUCUGGAAAAGUUUCUUCUCUUUUCCUAAUUAUGCUGAGCAGGUUCCCAUCAGUUAUAAGCAAGUAUAGACAUUUGAAGCAGAACUGGGACUAAUCAACAGCCAUCUUCACUCAUCCUAUUAUCUUUUUUUAAAAUCAGCUCUAAACUUUGGUGCACUCCUAAAGUGCACAAAGCACGGUAUUGAGCUGUUUUUCAAAUUAAGAUUCUAUCUUAAUUUGGUUGCAUGGUUGCAGUGGGGUCCAAGUGAGAAGCAAACCAAACAUAGCCAGUAUGGUUUUCCAAGCCAGAAAAAAGUAACAGUAUUUUUGAUCUAGUUAAACUGAGAGCUGAGCUAGAUGCUACACACACCAUGGAGAUGCAGCUGAAAAUAGCAGCUCUGCAAUUUCUCCCUCUUUGUGUUAUGCUGAAGAGCACUCACCAUGUGAUGCAGUAUCCUACUGUGAGUUUCUUAGCCCCCACUUCACAUCAUUGGCUACUACUACUUGGGGCAGAUCAAAUCAUGUGGUGAUGCUGUGUCAUAGAGUACGUGUUCCUAGAUGUUAAGGCAGGGAAGUAGAGAACUUGUCAUUGUAGGGAUGCCAUUUUCAGUGACCUAGCAUGAAGCCUGCCUCUAAGUAGAGAUGUGAUAUUAUUGUAUUCCAAAAAUGCUGAACAUCUUUAGCUUCAAAUAGAUAAAAGUACUAAUUCUAGAAGUUGAAGGAUGAUAUACUGGGCUUCAAAAUCAUAUUGGGUUAGCAGACACGACAUUCUAAAUGGUAAUUGUUCUUUUGGCCUAGAAUAUGCAAGUUAUGUGUUGAGUUUUUUCUAAGUGUGAGGGCUAAAAACCUUUAAAUGUGGAAACAGAUUCUCAGGUAUUUGUGUGACUUUGGGCUCUUUAAAAAAAGCCUGCUCUAUUCUGCAGGUCCAAAAAAGAUACUGACUGUACCUACUUUCUUAUUCUCUGGGAACAAUACUCAAAGCACUAAAUAUUAAGAGACAUGGUCAAAACCUAUGGGAACUGGCAAUAUUUUACUGAGAAACACACACAGUAUUGCUCCUCUCCUUCCCUAGAAAAUGUGUCAAUAUGCUGGCAGAAAAUGAUAGGCACCAUGCUGCUUCUGCACAUUACAUCGUGUUUGUGUUCAAGGAGCCAGUUAGCACAAGAAAUGCUUUCUUAGCACCUCCCCCCAAAAGGUGCAUUCUUGUUGUAGGGUAGGAAAGUAGUUCAGUCUUUGUGUUAACAGUCUGAUAGCAUUUUAGAGUCUUCAGAGGAAGAGAUGACUUUGCAUUGCAGAGUGUAGAUUUAGUUCUUGGAACGAAUCUCAUGCUUUUUAAUGAAAAGCCAUAAGCCAAACAAAUCUUCUCCCUCAGAUAUGAGACAGUAUUGCCCAAGUGUGUAGUUCUCGACAAUGAAUCUUCUUUGUGUAAGGACCUUACAAUGUUAUAGUUAGCUGAUUAAAGGUCUGCCAAUAAUGGCACAACGAUCUGGAGCCUGCAUAGAACCAGCAAUGCAAACUAGAGACUGCAGCUCUGGAGGCAAGUGUCUUCUUUGGGAAACUUUCAUCACUCAUAUAAUGCACUCAGUAUUGGGACCAGCCAUGACACAAUCAAUGUGGUGGUUAAUGGGAGUUACUGGUUUUGUGUAUGUCAUUUGAAACAGUCAUUUCACCCUCUAUGCUGUCUUUUCUCUUCUCCCUACUCUAUGGUUUCCUGAGGCAAACUUGAUUUUUUGUUUUUGUAUGAACAGUGUAUAACAAUUGGGGACAAGACUGACUGUCAAACAGAUGCAUGGAAUAAAAGCCAGUGUACCUCA